CCUAGACAUUUUUGUCAGUUGAAAUCACACAGCAUCGUUCUCUUCAUCACUGAAAGUAAUCUCCGCUCGCUUUCUUCUUCUUCAGCGAUCAGCGACGGCGACCUGAAAACGGCUCCGAAAAAGGAAAAACCCCAUUGAUUCUGGCAGCGUCUGCCUCUGCCAUUGAUUCCGGCAGGCCAGCAGCACCGUCACCGACCAAAACGACCUCCUAGUACACCCUGCAAAAGCCCCUUCACAGCAACUUCAAUUCGAAGUCGGAUUUUGGUAUGAAUUGCUUCUUUUGUAUGGGGUUGAUGUGUAUGGUGGUUGUAGAGGCAACCCAUUUGAACAUGCGUGCCACAAUGGCAUAAGUGUGAGAGAUUCAAGCAGUUUGUCAGGUGGGCCCAACAUGUCCUGACCCAAAAAUCAGGCCAGUACAUUAUUUAUCAGGUUGUUGAGAACAAGACUCUGAAUCAUGGGUGGCAGUCAAUCAAGAAGUUCACGAAGGGUCCAACCUUCCCCAUCAAAUCCUACUCCAAACGCCCGGCGUCCCCCAUCUUCUCAAAGAAAUGCCAUGGCAAGCCUGGCCACCAAUUGCGGAACCAUGGCUAACCAAAUGAUGAGGACAAACACCUCCAACAGAACCAAAGACAUGAAAGGUGAGUCAGACAACAAAGGCGUCCGGAAAGAAUCAACCUUCCAAAUGGUCCACAAUCCAACAGCUAGGAUGCAGAUAACCAUUGAUGCCCUUCCAACAAGAAAAACAAUUGUACUUCAAGUUACAGAUUGGGACACCAUCUGGGCUGUCAAGAUGAAAAUUCACAAAAGGAAGCAAUCCCAGUGGACCAACAGAUGCUCAUCUAUGCCGGACGCAUGCUUGCAGAUGAAUCUACUCUGGCAUCCUACAGCAUCCGAAGGUGGCCCAUCCUUCACAUGGUCACCCAUCCAAUACCCAAAAUCAAAGUAACAGUGGAGACACCAACGAACGAAAUGAUCACACUCCAAGUGGACCUAUGGAACACAAUCCAAAACAUCAAGGCCAUGAUAGCGGGCCCGGUGGCGGUGGGACCCAAUCGGCAGAAGCUUAUGUACAGUGGAAAACAACUUGAAGAUCACAAAAUCUUGGCUGACUAUAACAUCAAGAGUGGAACCACCCUCUGUGUAGUGUACUCUCCUAUACAGAUAUUCAUCAAAAUGUGGAGUGGGAAGACAGUAGCAAUAGAAGUGGAUCCCUCUGAUGCUGUCCAUGAAGUCAUGGCCAAGAUUCUAAACAAGGAGAGGACUCCGAUCGAGCACCAUAGCCUCGUUUUUGGCGGGAAGCGGCUCGAUGAAGAGCGGACACUAGCGUCUUACAACAUACGGAAGGAAUCGACCCUUCAUCUUGUUACGGCUGUGUCCUCGAGGAUCAAAAAUCGGAUCCGUGUUUGGUUGAUGAACAGAGAAAUGAUCGUGCUUGCAGUAGAGGGCUCCGACACCAUUGCUUGUGUGAAGGAGAAGAUCCAUCUGGCAACUGGAAUUCCAGCCAAUGCACAAACGCUCAAGAUUGAUCCGAUAGUGAAGGAGGAGCUCGAGAACGAUCGGACGGUGAGUGAUUACAAAAUUCGGAUGGGCUCCACUUUGUACCUGUACUGCUAAGACUGGCCCCACUGAACCUGACCAGCUGCUAGUGCUUAGUUAUGGGGUCUGAAGCUCCCAAUUCUUUGAAUGUGGGGCAUAUGGUUUGAUGAUCCUGUCCAUUGAUCUGGCUGUCCCCCAUGUGGUAAAGAACCUGACCGUUUGAUCAGCAGGCAUACAAGUUGGGAGUUAAGAAACAAACUGUAGCAAUGGCCCAAAUCCAAUGGGAAGGAAAAUGAUCGGAGUGGGAUCAGAUCUGUGGAUGGAUUAUUGAGCUGUGGGCCACACCUAUUGAGGAAUUGGGAGCCUAAAAAAAGUGUCCAUUUGCUUAGAACAAUGGUUUGUAUAAUCACUUAAAAACAUAGAAUAUUUUACUGAUAA